UUUCUUCAUACACAAAUAAUGACGCGCAGAUUACAUUUGCGUUUGGGUGCAAUUGUAUUCAGUGCAAUAAAUUACUUGAGUGGGCUUUGUGACGCAAGAACAUAAAUUAUUCGAUAAAUGUGUUCGUUCAUAUGUUGAACAGGUGCCAAAUGGAAUGAAAUGGAAGUAACAUUUGUGUUUUAAAGUGUUCGUGUCAUGCAGCAUUGCGUACCGUAAAGUAAGCAGUCAUUCCCCUACAAAUACGCUCAACAACAGUGUGAAGCUUUAUUACUCAUGUAUUUUAAGCAAACGAAUUGAAUGUGUUCUUUUUUGUGCAUGUUUAAGAAAAAAAACAACUGGAAUGAAAAUUCCAAUGUAUAAUUGCAGGAUGCUCUUCUGCUUUUCGCUAACUCAAAGUAUAUAAUUUUGAUUGCAACAUACACUUUUACGUAUUAUAAAGUAGUCGCGUAUAGAAUGGCUUAACGCUGGAGCAUAGUUGAUGACACAUUCCGUCGGAAGCACUUCGAGUAUACGUGUAUCGUAAAAACGCGCGUGUGUAUGUGUGUUUAUGUUGUUACCAAAAAAAAUGGUAAAGUUACAGCCCCUGGAAUUCAUCGACUGUUUGAUAGACAGUCCAGAUUUUCGCGAAAAUCUCAAUAAGCAUGAGAAAGAGUUAGAAAAAACGAGUCAACAAAUUAAACGGAUUAUCAAGGAAAUUAAAGACUUGUUAGCUGCUGCGAAAAGUCUAUCACGUGCGCAGCGAACAUUGUCCAAAAGUUUAAAAGAAUUCAAUUUUGAAUGCAUUGGCUCUACGCAAACCGAUGAUGAACAAGUUAUAGCGGAUAGUUUAAAACAAUUUAGCAAACUGAUAUCUUCCAUAGAAGAAGAACGAGAUAAUAUGCUUGAUCGUGCUCAUGCACAGAUUUUAUUACCCUUGGAAGAAUUCCGAAAAAUUCAUAUUGGCGGUGUAAAGGAGAAUAAAAAGAAAUAUGACAAAAAAACGGCAAAAUUUUGUCAGGCUCAGGAAAGGUUCCUCAAUAUGUCUUCAAAAAAAUCUUCUCCAGCAGUUAUUGAGGCAGAUGCAUCUUUAGGAAUGUUGGAGAGAGAAUACCUUAGAGAAUCCUUGAGCUACGUUUUAAGUAUACAGGAAGUUCAAGAACGAAUAAAAUUUGAAUUUGUGGAAAUCAUAUUGAGAUUCAUAUCUGAUUGGCUCGUUUUUUAUCACCUCGGACAUGAAGUUGCUGAAGACGCUAAGGAGUAUUUAAUUGACCUUCAGCUCAAAGUUCAGAAAACUCGGGAAAAUUUCGACGAAACUCGACAAAAGGCGCAGGAAUUGAAAAACAAAUAUAUGGACAGUAAAUUAAAACCAGAAAGUGAAUACACCAAGCAAGGAUAUCUUUAUUUAAUGGAAAAAAAAUUUACUGUCGUAACAUGGUCGAAAUUUUACUGCACUUACAAGAAACAAACCAAGGAGUUUUCUAUGUUACAGUACAACCAAAUGUCUGGACGCACGCAGCAAACAAAUCCUGAAACAUUCACCCUUGCAUCUUGCACAAAAAAACUAACGGAAUUUGAAAAACGAUAUUGUUUUGAUGUAAUUUUUAAUGAAAGGCCUUCAAUUACAUACACAUUCCAAGCAUUAAGUGAAGACGAUAUUAAAGCUUGGGUAGAUGCAAUGGAUGGUAAGGAAUUGGCCAAUCUAACGCUAUCAACAAAGCACAAUGAAGACGGCACACUGGACGAUGUUGGAUUCGCUUUUAUUAAAAAGUGCAUUGAUCUGCUGGAAAGACGAGGGCUGGAAGAAGAGGGAUUAUAUCGUAUUGGUGGUGUUAGUACAAAAGUAACAAAAUUGUUGCAAAUGGGACUAGACCGAAAAAAGACUGAAAAAGACCGUCUUAACUUUUUCAACGAUGAACAAAUGGGUUUUAGUGAUAUUUUGGAGAGCAAAACAAUAGCUAGUGCUCUAAAACAGUAUCUUCGGAAUUUAAACGAACCACUUAUGACAUUUCGUUUGCAUCAUGCCUUCAUAUCAGCAGCAAAGCAAGAGACUCGCUUGCAACGAAUUAACGAAGUGCAUCAAUUGGUUUACAAAUUACCCAAAAACCGGUUGGAUAUGUUGGAUAUGGUUAUCCGACAUUUAAAAACGGUAUCGUUAAAGUGUGAUCGCAAUAAAAUGUCAGUUUUUAAUUUAGGUGUUGUUUUUGGCCCUACUUUAUUACGAGCUGCUGAAGAAACAGUUGCUGCUAUACUUGAUAUAAAAUUCAACAAUGUUAUCAUUGAAAUAUUAAUUGAAAAUUACGACAAAAUGUUUAAGAAUUUGCCUUCUAUGCCAACGGGCAGCAGCGCUGGUGAUGCAAAUAUGUCGCAAUCUAAUAAAAGCCCAAUAUUUCACCGGCCUGAUAGCAGAGGUAGUGGCAUUGUGGACAGCACAGUAGGAGGAUCUGGAACAACUGGAGUAAACCAUAACUACCCCAAGGAACGUACUACACAUGCUAUCUACCCACAAACGCAACCUGUAGUUCGUGUAGUUGCCAAGUCAAAUUACACCGAACCACUUUUGUCCUCAAGUUUACAACACAUACCUAACGGUAUACAGCCGUUAUACAGCAAAGGCACCAAUCAUUAUCCGACCUACGAAGCUAAACCGACCAUUAUAUCUUCGAUUAUUGCCGAAACUACCCCCGCGUCGUUAAUUAUUAGAGAUCAAAACAAUCAACAUCACUUGAAAUCUAGUACCGAUUCUUCACCAAGUCAUUACCAUGGAACACUACAUACUUUAGACAAAGUUUCUGCUGGAUAUCAAACCGUAUCAACUGGUAGUUCUCUUGGUGGAUGUUAUCUUCCGCAACAUCAAUCAACCGCAUCGUUUUCACAGAACUCUUCGUUAUCUGGUAUGAAUAAUAUGACAAACUGUGACACUACGAUCCCACACGGUGUGUAUAACCGAAUAACUACCUUAGGCAAUAGCGAUUCCAAUAUCGCUACUUCUCGCAAAGAGUUAUCAACAUAUGAAAAAAUUAACUCAACAAGCAGUUCGGCUGAAUCAGUAUGCUCUUCACCUGGAGGUAUUGUUACUAAUAGUGUAUUGUGUACUUUGAGAAGUCAUCGUGGUGCCUGGAGCGAAUAUAAUAAUGCUGCAGUUUCCAAUAAAAAUAUAAUUAAAUUUGAUAGUUCUGGAGCGAACAACAGCAAUCGCACAGUCAUUUCACCAUUAACAACUACGGUAAACGUUGUAGAGUCUGACAAUUCUGCUAGUCCUAGUUAUUGUAGGCCAAAGAAAACUCAGCGUAUUAAAGACUAUGGGCGAAAUCGUCAGUUACCGCAAAUUCAGCAACAGCUAUCGUUAGCUCAACAGCAGUAUUUGCAACAAAAAGGAAAACAAUCAGUCACUUUACGAGAAGAUAUACGUGUACGGACAUUAUACGCUUGUUUAGCAGAAAACGAUGGAGAGUUGUCCUUUGAACCAAACCAAAUUAUAACGAAUGUGCGUCGAUCAAAUGAACCAGGGUGGUUGGAAGGUACACUUAACGGAAAAUCUGGAUUGAUACCAGAGAAUUAUGUAGAAAUUUUAAAAUAAUCCGUCUUGCAUAUUAUCACGCUUUAGAAAUACAACAAAAACACGCACACACGUCGUUACAGAAAAGCAGAAGAAAUGUUAAAAGAUAUCAUACUUAAUCGAUAAAAAUAACUAACAAUGCCACAAUAGCUGUACUCUAUAAAACAGUACCGAACAUUCCACAACUAAACAUUCCAUCAUUGGGAAAUAAUCAGCGUCGCAACUGUACAUUCCAAGUCCAUUAACGCAUAAAAAUGCCAAUAGCGCUAUGUAACGAAAGUAAAUAUAUACGCAACGACUUUAACUUUUAAUAUUAACCCGAAUCACAUCUACAUAAAACUAUAUGUAUCGUAAGGGUCACAAAAGUAAUAUUUUUUAAAAUGAGUAUAUUAUUUCUUUUUUUUUUCAACAAGUUUUCUUGUUAUUAGCCACAAAUCUCUCAUGGUUCUUUAUCAUAGCUCGCACAAUCAAAGCUGUAGUUAAGGUUUGAUUGUAUUGUAAAUGUUCGCCGUGAUUGUCCAAUUUCAUCAUAAUGAGUACAUUAUCUAUGAUUUGCUUGAUAUUGAAAUGUAUUAAACUUUAACGCCAUCAACAUGAAACUAAUUAUCAUCAUUAAUCUGAAGAAUUGGUCAAUAUUGUUGUGAAAAUAUUUACGUUACGUUUACCACAAAUAUUUGUUUAAUAUAUUGAAUUUAACAUAUUGUGUUAGCUUUCGGCAGUUCAACAUGAAAUUAAGAAUUUUUGAAACAUUCGUACGCAGUUUUAUCUAAAUUAACUAGAGAAAAAUCAAAGUAAUCUAUACACGAAUGGUUGUAAAUAUGGGUGAUGAAAUUUAGAUGGCGGUAUCAAGUAUAAAAAUAAAUGUAAUAGAGCGAUUCAAAAUGUACAUCAAUCAGUUUUGAACGAACGAGAUGCCAUUAAUAUUGUACAAAAUUUCUGUAAAACAAAAACUAAAUAUCUUAACUAAGUUUCUUCUCAUUAUUUUGUUUAUUCUUUCAUUUAAUGUUGAAGGCAUACCAUUUGUGGGUAGUCAACGUGAAUAACAUUGAUGUUUUAUAUACAAUCUGGGAAUAAUAAACUUAAUAGUUAGUGUUAUGCGCCGUUUUACCUAUUGCCAGAAAACUUUGAAUGACCAAGGCAUUCAAAAACUGAGCCAAAACAUGAAAAAUAAAUUUAAAAAUACAUCAAUAGAUCAACGAUCGAGAAAAUUGAAACGAUAAAAAAAAUAUAUCAUUAUUUUACUAAUGAUUUCGGUAUUAUUGCAGUACUCAUAUCUUUUUCAUAUUACAUAGAAUUGAGUUUUCAUUUGAAAAUUUAAUCAUUUUCACCCAGUCCAAUGUACAACCGUAGAACGCAUCAGGGCAACGUGUAUAAUUUUUUAAUUUUUAGUAGAAAUUUUUUUGUUACAAUGCUAAUUUUAGUUGUGAAGAAAUAAUGUAAACCAUCCCUAAUUUGAUAAAUGUUCUAAAUUCACUCAAAACAAUCAAGUCACUCUGAAAAUAUCUCGCGAGAGUAGGUGAUGUAUCGAUUUUUUUUCAAUUUCCAAUAUAACUGUUAUUUUUUGUGUUAAUCUUUCAUUUGCUGAAAAUAAGAAAAGUUGCGAUUUGUUAUUUAUUUAUAAAUUUUAUUGUUGCGUAUUAUGCGUAUAUUGUUGACUAAAUAAAACCCAUUGACACUCAA